AUGUUGAAAGUAACAUCUGUCAAACGAUGUGAUCAGUCAUCUUAUCGUCGAAAAAACAUUCGACAAAAGAUGUCAGUCAAUGUCAUCCAUGUCAAUGCUAUUUCCAAUAGAUAUGCACCUUCAGCGGCACAACAGAGUGAUGCUAAAAAUCGGGAAAGAAAAAGCGACUAUACUAUAGAACAUCUAACUACAUCGUCUUCUGUAGUGAACGGUGAUGAUAUAACAAUUCAUUCAUCUCUGUCAUGUCAGCCAGCGAACAAAAUCGAGAAACACCAAUUGUUCGAACAAAGAGGAAUUAUGUCGCAUUCAAAAACGUUAACGCCAAGAGGCGAUGAUCACGAUACUCACUUAUCGAAAAAACUGAAACCCGAUGCAUCGUUUGAUUCAGUUAGCAAUAUCACGCGGUGGUCUAAUUCAUCAAAAUUGUUUCUAAUUCCUCGACAAAUGUACGAAAAAGAUUGGCAAGAACCAAAGAAAAAACAAGAUCGUCGUCGCCGCCGCCGAUGCUGUGGAUUAUAUCCUAUCUGUUGCACUCCUUGUUGUUGUUGCGUUGGGUCUAUUCUCGCACUUCUAUUGCUUCUUAUCGGUCUAACUGCUCUGCUUGUCGCUCUUCUAACAAAUAAAGGACUUGUCAUGAAAAUUACCACCACAACAACAACCAGUACUUCUUCCACAUCAACUAGCAGUAGUUCAACGUCGUCCAGUAGCAGCACUUCUUCUACAUCGACCAGUAGUAGUUCGACAUCAUCAAGUAGCAGCACUUCUUCUACAUCGACCAGUAGUAGUUCGACCUCAUCAAGUAGCAGUACUUCAUCAACGUCGGAGACAACCACCUCAACAACGACUGAAACAACGACAACUUCAACAUCAACGACCAGUACAACUACCUCUUCAACCACUCCUACACCUCCGUGUCCACCGGUUUCUGUUGGCUCUUCGAGCACUCUUCAUAGUGCAACAACUGGUCCCACCACUUACACUUGUCAAGCUUUUCAAUGGACAGCCCCCAGCACCGGUCCGGUCACACUCGCGUAUGAACUACGCAAUGAUCCUUCAUCUUGGUACAUUGAUGAUGUGUCUGUGUAUCACGGAGGUACUCAAAUGAUACUCAAUGGAGACUUUGAAACAGGUACCUUCGCUCCUGGCUGGCAAAGAACUCAAGCAACGAAUAGUUCUUGUGGUAUCUUUCCCGGUCAGAUAAGCAAUGUAAUGCCUCGCACAGGCACUUAUAGUAUUCGAGAUGGAAGUCUGACAUGCAAGGAUAAGAUUAGUCAAACAUUUAUGGCUACAGCUGGUGACAUUUAUAUUGUCAGUUAUUGGUAUAAGACGAAUGCAUUGGGUUCAGGUCAAUCGAUCCUUGUUACACUUUCAUGA